AUGUUUUCUGUUGGAAGUCAAUUGCCGCUGACAGAAGGCAUGGAAGGCUCAAACGACGACCAUCCCAUUAUCAUUCCCGAACUCAGCAUGAAUAUGUUCGAACUGUUCCUCUCAGUUGCAUACAAUAGUUGGAAACCCGAAGGUCCCACUCACGAUGAUGUCCUUGACCUUCUUCGUUUCAGCAAUAAAUUCAUGAGCCAAAAGGCUCGUGAUGUCGCCAUCAAUCACCUCCACGAACGUCGAUUCCAACACAAACCAUACGAGCUACUUGCACUCUGCCUCGAAUUUUCAAUCUCAAAGUUCUUUGUUCCCGCUUUUCGCCGUCUCGUCGAAUUUCGCAUCCGUGAUAUUCCAGGACCAGUGCGAAGGAGACUUGGGUUUGAAGUCUGGAAUGCAUUCGUAGAUCUAAAAGAACUUCUCGAUGAGCAUAACCGUAUUAUUGCCUGCGAGGAACCACCCAUUAUCACACAUUCACCAUACUGCACUGACAACACCGCUUGUUUCAUUGAUUGGCGGCAACUGUGGUGGAACUCGAUGGCGCGUUUUCUCCUUGAUGGCCGCAAUCCUCAAAAAUUUAAUGAAGCUAUCGAGCGCUUCCAGGAACUUGGGCCAGAAAUUGGAAGGGUCAAUCCAGAGUGCUGGAAAACGCUGCUUCAGACGGUGAAGAAAGCAACAGCUUUCUGUCUCGCUUUUGAUCUGGUCGAGGAGACAGCUCAGCAGUUGUCGGCGGCCCUGAUCAUGGAGCCUGCCCCGAUGCUGACGAAAGCCGAAUUGGAUACCUUGGGCUUGCCAAGCCAUGAAGAAAUUUUAUAA